AUCUAGAAGCAAAAGAAGAGAAACUUUAAAAAACAAAAAAACAAAAAAACAAAAAAACAAAAAAAGAAGAUUUCGUGAGUUCAAAAUGAGUGCAAAAGGCAAAGCUUGGAUUGUGGCAGCAAGUAUUGGAGCUGUGGAGGCUCUGAAAGAUCAAGGCUUCGCUCGUUGGAAUUAUCCUAUAAGGUCCGUGAAGAAGCACGCCGAGACAAAUCUCAGAGCAUUGGCUCAAGCCAAGAAACUUUCUUCUUCAUCUUCUGUUAUGGCUUCGAAUAAAGUGGGAGACGAGAAAAUGAAAGUAGCUGAGGAGUCUCUGAGGAAAGUUAUGUACUUGAGCUGUUGGGCUCCCAAUUGAGAAGCGAGGAGUUGAAGCCAGAGUUUACCAAAUCAAUUGAACCCUCUUCACCAACAUGUAUUUUGGCGACUACUUCUUGAUAUUUCAGCUUCAAAUCAGAGGAAAGAGUUCAGGUUGUAGUUUCCUAUAGCGACUAGUGAUGUGAGGUCCUAGAAGUGACGAGAAAUGUGUACUGCUACAGAAAACAGGACACUCAGAGGAAAUCAUGUAAAAUAUAAAUUACUUGAAUACAA